AUGGUCAUAUCCGGUGACCGCCCACAAACACCAACACCCGGUUUCGUCUAUAGCAAGGAGAAGCAAGAAGAAGAUGCUGAUGAUGCCGAUGGGGUUGAAGUGUUCGUGGACAACAUCAGCAAGAGGGUCCAUCAGUUUGCACUGAGGGAAGCUUUUGAGGCGUACGGUGAGGUUUUGGAUGUCUUUAUCGCAUAUCAGAAUACCAAAAGAAGACAUAGUCAGACUACGUUUAAGUUCGUGAGGUAUAAAAACCUGAUUGAAGCCAAUCGUGUAGUGGAGAAUGGCAAUGGAAGAAAGAUUGAUGGUCGUGUCGUUAAGGUUUUCGUGGCAAGGGUUCAGAAAAAAGUCCGCAAAGCGUCUCAAACGAAAGGGUGGAAGGUCGAAAGUUCUGGAGAAAAUUAUCAGGCUUCAAAGAUUCGAGAUCUUUUAAGGAUGCUCUAG